AUGACCAAGAAGAUGCAUAUGUGGGGGCAUGGAUCACAAUACAAAAAAGGUCUUGAAUCUCUAAAAGGUACACAGCCAACAGGAAUGUUAAGGCUACCUUGUUACUGUUGUGUACCAGGGUGCAUAAACAACAUUGAUCAUCCAAGAGCAAAUCCAUUGAAAGAUUUUAGAACACUUCAAACACAUUACAAGAGGAAACAUGGAAUUAAGCCUUUUAUGUGCACAAAAUGUAGCAAAUCUUUUGCUGUUAGAGGAGAUUGGAGAACUCAUGAAAAGAAUUGUGGGAAGCUGUGGUGUUGUAUUUGUGGUUCAAAUUUCAAACAUAAGAGGUCUCUUAAAGAUCAUAUCAAUGCUUACGGAAAUGGUCAUGCUAUUUAUGGAUAA